AUGCCGCCGCCGGCGUUCCCCUUACCCGGCCGUAUCACGGCGGCCGCCGUGGCACUCAUCACCAUCCUCGUGAUCACCGCCACCCCAGCCGCCGCAAGACCACCACCGCCGCCACCAACCCACCUCCCCAAAUUCACCGCGGCCAUCAUCUUCGGCGACUCAACCGUCGACACGGGCAACAACAACUACAUCACCACCGCCGUCUUCAAAGCCGACCACCUCCCCUACGGCGAGAACUUCCCUUCCGAGACCCCCACCGGAAGGUUCUCCGACGGGAGGCUCAUCCCCGACCUGAUCGCCAGCCGCCUGGCGAUCAAGCCGGCGGUCCCGCCGUACCUCGACCCUCAACUCCCCGCCGGCGAGCUCCGGACCGGAGUCGCGUUCGCUUCCUCCGGUAGCGGGUACGACGAGCAGACGCCGGAGCUGACUUUCUCCGUUUCGAUGGGAAGGCAGGUCGAGAUGUUCGAGGAGUAUGUUGUCCGGCUGAGGAGGGAUUUCGGCGACGACGUGGCGGAGGAGACGGUCGGCGGGGCGUUGAUACUUGUUAGCGCCGGGACGAAUGAUUUUUCGGACAAUUAUUAUAAUUUGCCCACCAGGAGGUUGCAGUUCAACAUGAGCGGUUAUCAGGAUUUUUUGCUGCAAAGAGUGGAGAAAUUCGUUAAGGACGUGUAUGCUGCGGGAGGCCGAACACUGUUCAUAGCAGGGCUUCCACCGAUCGGGUGCCUGCCGAUUCAAAUGUCCGCAGCUCUACAGUUCCUCCCGCUGGAAGCCAGACAGUGCAUCCAAUCCCAAAACGCCGACUCCCGAGCCUACAACGAAAAGCUCAAAACGCUGCUCCACAGAUUGGAAGCUUCACUUCCCGACAGCGUAAUCGCCUACGCAGAUGUUUUCGAUCCGAUCCUCGACAUGGUCAGCCAGCCCCAGAGAUACGGGUUUGUGGAAGCGAAGAGAGGGUGCUGCGGCAGCGGGCUACUGGAAGGUGCGUUCCUCUGCACGCCGUUGACGCCAACGUGCGGAGAUUUGUCGGCGAAGUAUGUUUUCUUCGACAGCAUCCAUCCCAGCGAGGCCGCCAACAAAAUCCUGACGGCCAACCUCGUACACCAACUCGAUUCUCAUUAUGCCGCACGAAGUCGUUCUUCUGUGCCUAACCAUCGAGGUUGA